AUGGCGGAACAGACGGAAAAGGCGUUUCUGAAGCAACCAAAGGUUUUCUUAUGCUCGAAGAAAUCUGGCAAAGGCAAGAGGCCUGGAAAGGGAGGUAACCGUUUCUGGAAGAACAUUGGUCUUGGCUUCAAGACUCCCAGAGAAGCUACUGAAGGUGCAUACAUAGACAAGAAAUGUCCCUUCACUGGCACUGUUUCUAUCAGAGGACGUAUCUUAGCAGGCACUUGUCACUCUGCGAAAAUGCAGAGGACAAUCAUUGUUCGGAGGAACUAUCUUCAUUUUGUUAAGAAGUAUCAAAGGUAUGAGAAAAGGCAUUCAAACAUCCCAGCUCAUGUCUCACCAUGUUUCCGUGUCAAAGACGGAGAUCACGUGAUCAUCGGGCAAUGCAGACCAUUGUCAAAGACGGUGAGGUUCAAUGUCCUCAAGGUCAUUCCAGCUGGUAGUUCUGCUUUUGGAAAGAAAGCAUUCACUGGAAUGUAG